GUCCCUUUUCGCCCCUUUCGGGCCCGUGAGUCUGACACACGAGAAGACCUUUUCCGCUCUACAUAGUAGGGAAAAACACCAUCGUUACCGUUUCUGUCUGCAGAUGCCGCCUGGGGGCGUCUCGGCUGCGCUGGCCACUUGGGGGCCUCCUCAUCUCUCGUGCUUGAGCUUAUCGGUCUAUCAUGAUGCUGGUUGCCGUCCUGAUCAUCGCCGCUGUCCUUCCCUCCUCUUCAGGUGCCCGACAAGGCGCUCUUCCGCACUAUCGUUCGCGUGUCGAAUGGUGUGUCGUGCACAGGCCAUGCGCUGUGGGUGCCGUCCAACGGCACAGAGGCGGACACCGACAAUAACAUGUGCAUGGCAGGCGCUUUCGACCAAAAACUCGCCACCGUCGAGUCAGACGUCCAAAGCGAUGAUUCAGAAUGCUGCUGCGUCACAGACGAUUGGCGGGAAGACAUGCCCUGCGAUGCGCGAAGACAUUGCGAGGUGGGGGAGCUCAUUUGUCACCUGCCACCAAUUCCAUUUGUGCCACUUAUUCCAUUUGUCCCACCGGAUUAUCAGCGGAACGACGGAAAGCUCAUCCCAGGGUCUUGCGCGGAGACGGCGAAAGAAGCGAAGGAGAAGAAGUGGCAGGACACCCACGGCAGUAACCCCCAUUGCUGCGUGUUGGCGUCUGAGGCCGCCUGGAAAGGCGCCAUGCGGAUCAUUUUGGGUUGGACCUUUCCCGCCUUCCAUGGCGAUGACUGGGAGGAACAGAAGCGACAGCACGAAUACAAGAAAUUGGUCGAGGGCGUUGGGCAGGGCGGUUUCUCGGCAAGUUGUUACCGCAUCCAUUCGGACUCGCUCACCGCAUGCAAGGCUGAGACCAUGCACAUGAAAUCACAAGGUCUCUUCCUGUCCAACCAGUUCCUCAAGAUGCCGCCUCUUGAACAGAUGAAACGUGCCAAAGAGUCCUGUGACGUCUGGCCCUGCCGCGUAAGCGAUGGCAUGUCUUUGUGCUCAAACUCCAAUCUGAUGCAUAUGGGUAUCUGCUUUCUCACUCAGGAAAAGAAGACUCUCAGACUGGAACAUCCUCUCGUUAAAGACUUGACGCCGCGCAAGUUGACGGACUUGAAGCGAAUCGCUCCAGACACGCGAUACAGCUGUGCUGCCGAUGCUACACGUACGAGGCAACCGAGACAUCACCAUACAUACAUGCAUGUUGUACAUGAUGGCCUGCUUGUAUGCACUGUUCUUAGCUUGCCAGAUAGACGGCCGUUGUCAGGAAGGUCUCGUGUGCGUGUCAUCCCGCGCUCCCCAGGACGUAGAGGGCGUAGCCUACAUUCUCAGCGAUUCUUCGGAGCGGGACAAGCGGCAGCCAUGCAUACACAGCCGCAUCGCUUGGCUCUCGGGCUUGGCCAAAUCUACCCGCGCUGAAGCCGCCAACCUAGACACCACCGGCAUCGUCAGGAACAGUGCGCUCUUCAAAGGUAGCAAGGAGAGGGAACAAAGACAAAGGCAACGAGAAUUGGCGCCGCCAGUGCCACUUGCUUGGUGUGUGUCACCUCUUUGGCCCACCUCUUUCUCUCUCUCAGGGUGCCUGUGCUGCAAAGAUACUCAGGCAGGCAACCGGCGCUAGCUGACGAGACCCUUGUUCAAAGGAAGCCACGAAUGCAUGCAUGACCGAAUGCAUGCAUGCAUGAGAGAGAGAUUGAAUGUCUGAUCGAACGAAUUUCCUUUGAGUGGCCUGAAAGAGAUCAUGCACACAAUGGAGAUGUGUGUGUGUGUGUGUGUGUGAGAGAGAGAGAGAGAGAGAGAGAGAGAAGGAGGGGAGUGAUGGAUGGACCCAGUCAGUCAGCUGACUGCGUCUGUCGAUGAUGUGUUCCCUUUUGCGCGGGCGUGUGGGUUGAUCGGUGAGUCGUUCCAUGGAUGAAUGCAGACAGAGCGCAAGCAAGAACCAGAGGACGACAGUGAAAGAAUGACAGAUGGACGCAAUCAUUCAAUCAAUCAAAAUCAAGGAGAGGCUA